AGUUAAUCCUCCGCAAUCCCACGAAUCGCAACCGAAUCAGACCCAGCAACCCCUCUCGACCCACUUCAAACGACACAUCCCCUCGAAUGCCUCUAGCGACACGAACGGCACAGCACGAAACGAAGAACGGGCAUCGCUACGGCUGUCGUCCGGCGCACGACAACUCCGUGACCAUGAACUGUCAUUCUUCGGUGUCAACCCCAACAACAACAGCGGUAACGGUAAUAAACAGCAUUCAUCGGGUGAAACGAAACCGACCUUCACCCGGUCGACCACCCUGACGUCGUCCUUCAUCAAGCGCAACUCGAUCAACAUGAACCCCCUGUCAACUUCGUCUUCGACGAACUCGGUGAAGUCUUCCGCUGUCAACGUUCAGCAAUCGAAGACGACACAAAACUCAACACAGUGGCAGCUGUCAAACGACAAGCCGGAUUUGCUACGGCACAGCCAACGCAUCGAUCAAGCUGCUGCUAGCUUUUCUUCAACGACGCAGAACACGUCGAAGACGACGAAUGCACAAUACGAACCGCAGUACGAGAAUCUAGUCAAAGCAGCAGUCGCGGAGCCGAGCCAACCAGUGCAAACGUACGACCGAAAGAAGGAUCUCAAGCGAGACGAGCAGAUAUUGGAGGAGCUCACUCGUGCUGCCGAUGAAAUUUUGAAUGUUGUCAACAACAUGUCAAAUGCGGAAAGCACCGAAAGUUUGCUAAACGAAUUCCGUGGUUCGAAGACCUCUAGCACUCUGGGAACUAUCCGGGAAUGCUCAGCCAGCAGCAAAGUGAUGAAAUCGCGCGGCGUUCAGGUUUCAAAGAAUUUCGACGACAGCCUGAAGCGCCAUCAGCGAUCUGGUAGAGUUUCUUCAGCAUCGUCAAACGAAAGUCUAUCGCGAUCAUCACCUGCUCGAAUGACUACGGCGAUAAGCACCAGUCAGGCCCAAGAGUCCCGCAACGGAAUAAGUCGUCGCAAGCUACCGAACUCAUCUACAGAAUCUCGUCGGUUGAUCCGCAUGUGUAGCAAAGAACGUCUACACCAAUCCAACGCUAGCUCAUCGGAAGAUCUACCAAAUGCGGCCCCGGUGGAACCUCCACGGAGACCUCGACGAACUCGCUAUCACAACGGAGAGAAAGAUAAGGAAAGUCCACGAGCGAACGCUUCACGAUCAUCUACAAUUGAGAGCCGACGUAGUGACGAACGUACCCCAUCUAGCCGAUCGCAUCGUAGCGAACGAUCUUCCACGAGAACCAGUAAAGGUCACAGUACUUCGGCCGGAUUAUCUUCGUCCAGUGUAAUUCCGACCACAGCUCCCGUGAUCGAUCAGCAGCACCGCAGUAUUCGUACCAGCAGUAGCAGCAAAGCCACCGGACCCUCCGUCAUGACAACUACAUCGUCCAAAAAGCAUCACCGGUGAGAUUCCGCCCUGCUCAGAUUAUCGUGUAGUUUAGCUAAUUGUUUGUGUGGCAAAUUUGAACGACAUUUAUGAAAACAAAACACAAGUCUCAGAUUGACGCGUUUGAUGAAUUAUGCGUACCAUUUCAGGGAUGUUACGUCUGCUUUAUUGUUUGAAAGAAAAAAAAAUUGAAAAACGAUUACAGACUUAGGUGUAAGAAAAAAAAGUGUAUACUAGUACUAACAAAGAUCUCGAAAUUUUUGGAAACAAACAAUCCACUAUCUAGGAAACGAAUCGAAGAGGCACAAUCAAUCGAGAUGAAAUCAGCGAGAAGAAACAGGAGAAAAUUAAAACAUGACAAGUCGAAAAACGAGACGAACCUCGAAAUAUUUGAAUUGAUACUAACUUGUUUUCAUCGAAAUAUGCGAAUCGAAGCGAUUUAUUUAACCACAUUUAAUGAUUUCCUGCCCCCGCAAAACGCGAAACUUAAAAGAAGUGUUUCGACACGUACUUAGAGCUUGUUCCUAUUUUAUUCUAAACUCAAUACUUACAUACAUGUAACAAAAUAAUUAUCGAAACUGUUAUAGUACUCAACUGCCAGAUUGUAUGUGUAAAAUCGCCCGAAGAGAGGAGGAGUUAUUAAGAAGAGUCAUUAUAUUUUGUGUGUGAAAUCCUAACUAACUCUCCGCACUAAUCCAGACUGGCUCAGAUUAAUCCAAUCGAUUGUUGUUUUUCAUUAGUCACUACAAUACGAACCUUCGAAAGAAGAAAUAGCACGCAGCGCUUUUUGUCUUGUUUUUUUUUUGCAGCAGAAUAUUGACUACGAUUUAACACAAAUUUUAUCAACGGUAAUUUACAAAACGAUACAUAUUUAUAUAAACUACAUAAAUAUAUACAGCAGAGUAGGUAAAUAAAGCUAUUUUGUGAAAUAAUGGAAAAAAUACAAAUGCUAAAACAGAUAA